AUGAAAAGUUUGACAAAACUGAAGGAGCUGAGAAAAGAAAAAGAGACUUUAGAGAAAUGCGAAGUCCAAGUAAACGAGAAGAAGGACUUCAAAUACAUGGUUAAAGAGAAGCGCAUGCGGAAAAUUGAAUUCGAAUUAGGUGUUUACAAACUCUUCUGCCACGUCUGCUCUUGUUCGUGCCAGUUUCCUUGCAAGGCUGCUCGGACCGAAGAGAAGUUCCGCUGUCAUUCCAUGAAGAAAGGCUCGUGCAUGAUAUGCCUCAAUAAGUGCUCAGUGUCUCAGCAUAUCCUGAAACCGUACCGAUUCGGGCUCCAGGAAGUGGAAGUGGAGAAAACGAAAGAAGAUGUGAAGAAACGCUACGAGGCCGGGAUGAAAGGAAAAGCGACGGCCGAGAAAAUCAUGGAACAGUUCAUACGAGAAUUUCUCGAAACGGAGGUACGAGUUCAUUCGAAUUUCUUCUCGGCUCGUGCGUGUCUUCAGAAACUGGAGGAGAUCGCUUUGAAACCCGACCCAUUCCUCAUCAUCGAAUGCAUCGACCUACUCUUAGAGUCGGAGAAUGGUAAUAAUGAACCAGGAUACUUGGAGAGAGUAGAAAUGCUGAAAAAAGAAAGGGAGCAUGCGGAGUUGCUCCGCAACAUUUGUGACGGCUUCGAUCACUUUCGAGAGCUCCGGGAUCACCACUUGCUUCCCAACAAGGGCGGCAGUCGACUUUUCGAAUAA